CUUGCUUUGGAUCAAGGUUAGACGAGUCACCAUUCAUAGACCGACUGCCUUUGCUCUGCUAUCAAUUAUCUGAUCCAUUUCAGAGACCUUCGCUCGUUCCCGUUUCAGUUCCACAUCGCGACAUAUCUGUGCUCCUCCGCCUGAGAUAGAUACCGUCAUCAAACACAUCAGAUGAUUUAAAGUCCUCGUGCCCAUUUGAUGCACCCACGUGCCCCGACCAGGCAUCGACCCGCCUGACUGCCUGUUAUUACGAGAGCUGUGCCGGAUUCACAGUGCAGUCCUUGAAACCGCAGCCUUUGCCGAGUGAUGGGAGCAACUGGAACAACUCAAUGAGGGAAAAGUAUCUCAGUCAGAAUGUCAUCCAGUGACUUACCCCAGAAGAACCCCGAAGAUAGAGUUGGGCAAGAUACUCAGUCCACACCCAGACCGCCUUCAAUCGCAGGUUCUGGAGCAGCGGACUCGAGACCUCGGGAAGAGCCAACCGCAGCAGAUACUACAAUUCGGCGAGACUAUGGAACCCUGAGCAGCGUUGUCCACGCCUCAAGCAGCCAAAGACCACGCAGCGGGCAUCGAAAUGAAGAGGCAUCAGAGUCUUCGGGCGUCCCCCAAUUGUCCCCCCAAGCUACGAGGCGCAAACCCCCUCCUGUGAGAAGAGUCUCGACCCGGAGACAACUACCUCACCGAGGCGAACAAUUCUCGGUGGACGAUGACCCUGACGAGGUCGAAGUCGACCGAGAGCUCCAAACAACACCAAGCACGCAGUCCUUUCCGACUAUGACCCGAUCACAAUCUACCGUUCGUCGCCGAACUGCGGCCGCACCCCCGCAGUUACCGCGUGUUGAUUCUGCAGAAGAGGAGGUCGAAGAUGUGGUUCUACAGGAGCCUGCAGCAGCACCGCCAACUGAAGAAACCGAUCCAGGUGAGGAAGAGGAGGAAGGACUCGAAGACUCUGAGGACGCGGACCUCAGUGAUGCGGAGAGCUUCACCUUGAGAGAUCGACAGUUGGCCAUUAACGAAACGCAUCCAUUUGGCAUCAGGAUUUGGAAACCUGCGUUAUACAAGAAAUCCCGAUCGGUGGAAAAGGGAGCAGAAGAAGAUAUCCAUUCCUCACCCAGCCAGAUUGUGAGCACCUGGUUGUGGUUCUUCAAUUGCCUGUGGACUGUUCUGUUCGGCUGGUGGCUGAGCGUCGCAGCGCUAUUCGGAGCCCUUGCCUGCUACUUAUUUGCCUUUGACCCUAGUGCGGCCGCAUACGGCGGAGUCUUCCUGGGUCUCGCUGGCUACCUUUUCUGGCCAUUUGGAAAAUUUGUGAGGCUCGAGCAAGACGAGAACUACGCGGAGGAAGACGAAGGCGAAGGUCGCAGCAUCAGCGAGUACGAACGAUGGCAGAGUGGAGAUCUGGAGUAUGGGCGGCUUAUGUUUGGGCCCACUCUCACUCACACUGGAUCCAUCGUUGGCAGGCAUCGAAACAGCAUCGAUUCUGCCAGUGAGAGCGACAGCCUCCUGGACCGAAGCGGAAGAGCGGACCGGCAAGAGACCAACGUGAGCGCCAAAUCCAAGCGGCGACUGUUUGGUCGUGGGCAGUGGACCUUGGGCAGGGUCAUCUUCUUCGUUUUCUUCUACUUCAACGUCGCCCCAUUGAUGUUACUGGUGUCGAUGGUCUGUUGGCUGAUGGUGUUCUGGAUUCCCAUGGGCCGGGUCACCUUGAUUCUGUUCUAUCACCUACGAAAACGACCGCUGGCCCUGACGUUCCACCGAGACGUCUCCCAUGCUAGGAGCUCUACCAAGCCCUCGUCAAUCCUCCUGUGUACUUACCGCGCCGUCGGGAUCAAGUACUGGAAGUACACAGUCGAUGGAACCAACAUCUUCCUCAUCAACUUUCUGGCCGUUGUUGUCUUUGUCAUUUUUGACUACUUCAUUCUCAAGAUUGCCGCUGGGUUGAAUAUCUGGCUGACGAGUCCCGCACUCAUGUUCGCGCUGGCCCUGAUCUCCAUCAUCCCUCUGGCCUACUUCAUCGGACAGGCAGUGGCGUCUAUUUCGGCUCAGUCGUCCAUGGGGAUGGGAGCUGCAGUCAAUGCCUUUUUCUCCACUAUUGUCGAGGUAUACCUGUACUGUGUCGCCCUUAACGAGGGGAAGGCCUCCCUGGUGGAGGGGAGCAUCAUUGGCAGCAUCCUCGCCGGUAUUCUUCUCCUCCCUGGGUUGUCGAUGUGUUUUGGAGCCAUAAAGAGAAAGACUCAACGCUUCAACGUCAAGUCGGCUGGGGCCACAUCUACUAUGUUGCUAUUCGCUGUCAUUGCAGCAUUUGGCCCAACCCUGUUCUACAAGAUAUACGGAAGCCACGAGCUCAUCUGUAGAGCGUGUACUGGAGAGGGUGUGGAUGCUCCAGAGGAUUGUCGGCAAUGCUAUUUUCGCCAGGUGCCAGCCGUCUCAGAUGAUUUCUUUCUGAAGGCUGUGCGACCAUAUUGCUGGAUUGCUGCGGUAUUUCUCUUUUCGUCCUACAUUAUAGGACUCUUGUUUACUCUGCGGACUCACGCUGCUAUUAUAUGGAGCACCGAGCUGGAUGAGAAGAAAGCUCAGCCUCCCACCGCUGAUGUGAGUCCGUUGGACACCCGACAUCAAAGCGUGGUCAACUCGCAGAACUUGCCCAGACCUGAAGGCUCCUAUCUUCCUCGAUCGGCUAUCCGGGAGUCUCAGUUGUACAAAAGAAUCUUGGGCCAGUCUCUGCGAUCCGCAGGGCUUCCCGAUGGCGAUGCUAAUACUGAACGUGAGCAAUACAGUUCUCAUGAAAGCACCUCGCACGUCUCGACCGUGGAUCCUCACAACAAGAGUGAUUUGCCUCAUGUGGUACCGCCCAAGUCGAGUCACGGUUCUGAGGACAUACGAAGCCCCCUUCUCCAUCCUGUACUGCCCGGACUUUCUGAAGAAGACAAUAACAAUCUCGUUCGACAGGUUGCGGAGCUCGCCGCCACAGCAGCGACGAUUGCCACUCGAGAUGCAGUCAAUCAUCCUCGAACCGCAUCGUAUCUGGCAACUCAUGCUUACAAGCAAGAAACUUCAAAAAACCUGAGACCAUCAGUAGUUCGCAGAGACACUGCGACAGAUGAGGGAAAUGCAAACGCUGCGACUGAACAGGCUCCUGUGCCUGCUGUAGAAGGCGGUGGUCACGACGCCCCGAAUUGGUCCAGGGCAAAAUCAUCCAUCAUCCUUUUGACAGCAACUGUUGCUUACGCUAUCGUGGCUGAAAUCCUAGUCGAUACCGUGGAUGUGGUGCUCGACUCGGUUGACAUUGAUGAGAAAUUCCUGGGCAUUACUUUGUUUGCGCUGGUACCCAACACGACGGAAUUUUUGAACGGCAUAUCUUUUGCAAUGAAUGGGAAUAUUGCGCUCAGCAUGGAGAUUGGGUCAGCGUACGCACUGCAGGUGUGCAUGCUUCAACUUCCGGCUUUGGUUCUGUUUUCGGCAUUGCGUUGGCCCUUUAUCGAUCCGCAAAACCUCAUCGACCACACCUUUAAUCUCAUCUUCCCACAAUGGGACAUGGUCACGAUCAUUCUUUGCGUCUUCCUGCUCAGUUACAUGUCAGGGGAGGGGAAGAGCAACUAUUUCAAAGGCAGCAUCCUGGUCCUGACGUACCUUGUGGUAGUUCUAGGAUUCUAUUUCAGUGGCUUCACCACCCUGACCAUCAUGGGGGUGGAUCCUAACGACACGUUGGCCAUCAUGUCAAGCAUGGCGUGGCAACAAAAUACACCAGGGACGAUCCGACCCCCGAAGGUGGUCAGCGGGAGGGAGUUGUAAUCGGUGCAUUCAAGGCCCCCUUGUCCCGAGAACGUGGCGAGUUGGGUGUUGUGACUUGUCGGGUUUUGACGUGUAUUCGAGCGAUGGGACAUUUCAAUUCAGUGUCGGAUGGUUAUGCAUAUUGGUAGUUAGAAAUUGGACAAAGGCAUCGAGAUCCUAACCAUGAAUAGGAGGACUUAUUUAAUGGCAACUGGCCCAAUUUGUUGGUCAUUCGUCGAUCAAAUCAGG